AAAUUAUCCACUCCUUUUAAUUUUUUAUUUUUUUUAAUCAUUUUUUUUUUAAUAUUAUAUAUAUAAUUUAUUUCUCAUAAAAUGUCAGAAUCAAAUAAUAAUAGUAACCCAGAACAAAUAAUUAAAGAUAACACUCUCACUGCUGCUCAAAGUCCAGCUGAUAAUGCUGAAACUGUUAAACUUUAUUCAAAAUGGAUUGUACCAGAAAAUACACCAUUCAAAUCAAUGGAAAAGCAAUCAUUAUUAGAUAAUUGUGCAUUCUUUGCCAAGAUGUUUGUUAAUCUUAGUGCCAUGGCUUUCAGUACAUUAGAGCCAUUAGAUAAAAAAGAAACCAAAGAAUUAUCAAAAAAUGAAAAGAAAUCUUUAAAGAAACAAAAGAAAGAACACAAAAAGAAGGAAAAGAGCGAUAAAAAAGGUAAGAAAGAUAAGAAAGAUAAAAAAGAUAAAGGUGACAAAAAAGAUAAAAAAGACAAAAAAGACAAAAAAGAUAAAAAAGAUAAAAAAGAUAAAAAGGAUAAAAAGGAUAAAAAAGAUAAAAAAGAUAAAAAUGUUGAAAGUACUACUGAAGAAAUCGAAAAACCAAUCAAAGAGAAACCAAUCAAAGAUAAAACCAUUUUAGAAAUUCAAAAAACUAGAGGUAUUUUAGAUUCAUUCUCAACAUCCGUCUCAAGAUUUGCACCAUGCAUGAUGUUUGUCACCUGUCCAUCUGGUCCAGCCGGUCUUGAAUGUCGUAUUCUCAAAGAUACAUCUAUUGCCAAAUUAAAAUCUGAAAUUUGUUGGAAUCAAUACCUCACCAACCUUGUUCAAUGUCAAGAAAGAGGUCUUUCAAAAUGUUAUACUAAAUACACCGAUCUUCAAAAGACUUGCACUCAAAUCGGUUCAAAGAAAACCUACUCUCUCUUUGACUCUCCAUCAUAUUAAU